GCUCCUUUCACGAAGUGGAAUUCCGUAAUUUUUUAUUUUAUUGACUAAAUUACCUUGAUUAAGUUAAAAACUGGUCCUCCAAAGGUGCUUUGUUUGCUUUCACUUUAUAGACCGUAUUUUUGUAAGUAUUCUUUAUCCUUACAUAAAUACUUUGCAGUGUAUUUGUCUCUUUAGAUGUCAUGUUCAACUUUUACUGGUCAUUAAAAUAAAGUGAAUUUCAAGUGAUACAAGCUGAUGUAAAGCGUAGCAUUGUAAGAUACGCAAUAUCUUUGUAAUUAUAUUACAUGUAAUAAUCUCAGUACAGUGUUACUUUUUCUAUUGCAUAAACUAUAUGGGCCUACUGGCAAACCGUUGUCUCUAAUUUGUUGGGUUAUUUGUUUUCAUUAUAUAUUGUUAAUUUUUUCUUUGUAGAAGUGCACUUAUACUAAGAAGAAAAUGCUACUUGGGAAAAAACGGUUGAAUAAAUAAAGAUAUUGCUGCCUUUGUUGUUUUUCCACACCCUCUCUGGCAUAAACACAUACAAAGUAAGUGAGAUAGUGAGGCAUGGAGACGGGAGUGAUGCUGAGCAAUGCAGUCGCGUCAUGACUGGCAGGUGACUUCACCAAAUGCUUCUCUUUUCAUUGUGGCUGCACGUCGGAUUAUUUCUAAGAUAUGACUUAAAAAAAGCCGUCUCCAAAUGUCAUAAUGGAUGAAGUACAGAACUUAAAUAAGAUAAAGUAUGAUUUAAGCAAGGGGAAUGCACAUUUCUACGACUCACAGAACUCCAGGCGCAUUGUCAGAGAUGACUCCCUCACAGGGCGGACAGGGUCUAUGACGGAAAUCGACAGUUUGUCAGAGUUCUUCUCUACUGAGGACACUGAAUUGUCUGACACCUCUGUGUCGCAAAGCACAAGAAAAAAUGCCCCUGAUGACCAUGGUAAGCCAUAUGAGAGUAAGAGAGGAGCAAAAUCUAUCCAUAGCUCAUGUUUUGUGGAGCAAGAGCAGCCAACAUCUCGGCACGUCCUGCUGCCGUCCUCUGAGGAGCGUUGCACAGUUCCUGACGUCAGUCAGUCAGUCACGGUGAUCAGGACUCAGGGGAGCCAGAAAACCAUCUCUGCUCAUACGGAGCCGGGUGGAAGCGAUCUUUGUGCAGCAGUCCUUCUGGCCUGCCUGUUCUGCCGCCCUCUGGACUGUCUGCUGGCCACAUUCAGAGGUUGCAAUGGCUGCAUCUGGUCCUUCUCUUCGUUCCUGUGCGGCUGUGAGCCCUCUGCCCUUCAGCCUCUGCAAGACGUCGUCCAAAGCUUCAGCCUGUGCGGCUGUCCUGGUAUUCGCAGCUUGGUGUGCGACUGCACUCCGUGCAGCAUCUGCCUCCAGGCCACAGAAUGCCUGGACCUUGCGAUGGAAAUCUCUCAAAUGCUGAACCACUGACAGAGCACAACCAAAUAUGAAGCAACAAAGAAACCAUUUAUUCGAUAAAGUCUUCUGGAAGCCAGUCUGUGGGAACAGGCGUGCUACAUGUAUUAACAGUCGAUGUUAGCACUCGCAUCACUUUACAGAGUCGUUGCAUAUAACAAGACAAAGCUGACCAUAGGUGCUUUGAAUAGGGGAGUAAAAACAACAUCAUCAUCUGCCUCUUAGAGAAGUACGUCAGUGUUAAAAAACAAAACACAACAAACUUAUGCAUGUGCUUUCGCAAAACACACAUUCAUUUACUGUACAUAAGGUCCUUUAAAGCAUCAGACAAAAAAAA